AUGGGUUUCAAGAAAUGCAAGAAGAAGCGGUCGAGGAAAACACUGGAUGCUGCGGAAAUCCAGGAAAUUGCCCGGGAAUUAAAACAUUCUAAACAAAUUGCAAAAACAAAUGCAGUAUCAAAUGUAUUAAAUAAUGAAGUGGAGAUAAGUGAAUAUGAUAAAUUGCUGAAAUAUUAUAACGUACAGCCUGUAGAUGAUGACUUUGAGGAUGAGAUAGAGGUCAAGAUUAACCAACUUGAUUACAUAAAUCACCAUAGAUUUCAUCAAUUGAAUGAAAAAUUGAAAUUUAUUCCCAUUGAACCAACUAGCUCACAGGAUACUCAUUUUUGUUCAUUUAACAAGCAAUUUAAGCAGUUUAAAUUGGAGUGUGGUGUCCUUUCUAUUAACGAACCAAUAAAGAUUGAACCACCUGGAUUUGAAGCUUAUAAAACAGCAAAAGAUUAUCCAUUUAUACAAAAAUUGCUAAAAAAUCUCACAAAUCCAUCACUUUAUUUGCCUAAACCAUUGAUUAGACAGUUGAAUAAAAAUUAUUUAAGUGUCAACAAUGAUAAAUUUGAUUCUCUACCGCUAAAAUAUAAUUACUACGAGCAAUUGCAACAGUUUGAGGAACAAUUUAAUUCACAGGAAUUCGUCACAUUAUAUUACUCACUUUCACAUUAUGUAGAUAUCCUUUUUACAGAUCUAAAUUACUCAAACACGGAUAUUGUAAGACUCUGUUAUUGCCUACAUAUCCUAUCGCAUAUUGUACAACAUAGAAAUAAUGUCACAUUUAAUACGGGGAAAAUCAAUGAAUCCAGUGAAUUUAUUGAGUUUGAUCGUGAUCAGGGGUUUACCAGACCCACCGUAUUAGUGCUGUUGCCCACAAAAUCUGCAGCAUCUCACAUUAUUAAAAUUUUUUCCAAGUUAUUACCCAUUUCAAAAAAUUGUACAGAUAAAUUUGAAGGCAAAUUCAACUUAAAUCAAGAAUCUAUUGAGGAGCAGCGGCAACACUUUAUGAAAACAAACAAACCGCUAGAUUUUAUGCAAAAUUUCAACGGAGACAUAGAUGAUUGUUUUAGGAUGGGAGUAAGGUUUGAAAAUGGCUUACUUCACCUGUUUUCCCCAUUUUACAAGAGCGAUAUCAUUAUCGCAUCUCCAUUGGGAUUAAGAGGAGUUGUGGCAUCAUCGGAUCAUAAGACUAGAGAUUAUGACUUCCUAUCAUCUAUUCAAAUACUGGUUAUUGAUUCAGCCAACGUUAUCCAGUUUCAAAACUGGAGUGUUUUACUACAAGUAUUAGAGACCAUCAAUAAGCCUAUUAAAAAAAUGAUAGACACGGAUAUUAGACGGCUUAGGACCAGUGCAAUUGAUGGAUUUAGCAGUUACUAUAGGCAAAAUAUAGUUAUAGCCUCCUACCCUGGUAUACUGAUCAAUGACCUAUUCACAAGAUCUAACAAUUGCAGGGGCUUGAUAAGAUUGUGUAAACCAAGUAUUGAAUCCACACUGAAACUUGCAAAUUUACUCAAAAUUAGUCAAGUAUUCAUAAAACUAGAAAGUGACACCAUUUCAAACUCAUACAACACCAUUUUAAGUGCAUUCAAGCACACCAUCGAUUCGCUAGUAUCGCUGUCAAAAUUAUUGAUUGUUGUACAAGAUUACAGUCAUUACCUGCAAAUUAGAGAGGCACUAGACUACGCCCAAGCGCAAUAUAAAGUUUGCCACGAAUAUUCCAGUAACAAAAAACUUUCUAGUGCUAGGAGGGACUUCUACCAUGGCGACUGUAAGAUGCUGAUCACAACAUUUCGUUUUGUAUUUUUCAAGCGCUACAUACUAAGAGGCGGAAAUUAUGCAAUCAUUUUAGGGCCGCCGGAAUAUCCACCCGUGUACAAUCAUAUAUUGCUCUCUCUAGCCAAUGCUGAUAGUCGAGUGCUAUGCUACUAUACCAAUUACUCUGGAAUUGCAUUGAAAAAUCUUUUAGGGCAAAUGUUAGCGGUGAAGCUAAUGAGUAGUGAUAAAGGCGUCUCUAAUAUCAUAACUUAG